AUGGCGCCGAAGAAAGGUGUGAAGGCAGUCGCAACCAAGAAGAAAACGGAGAAGGUUGUGAACCCUCUGUUCGAGAAAAGACCGAAGCAGUUCGGGAUCGGUGGAGCAUUGCCGCCUAAGAAGGAUGUUCAUAGGUUUGUGAGAUGGCCGCAAGUUGUUCGGAUUCAGAGGAAGAGGAGGAUUUUGAAGCAGCGGUUGAAGGUUCCACCUGCUUUGAAUCAGUUCACUAAGACUCUUGAUAAAAAUCUUGCAACUACUUUGUUCAAGAUGCUUCUGAAAUACCGACCAGAGGAUAAAGCAGCUAAAAGAGAGCGCCUUCAAAAAAGGGCACAAGCCGAGUCUGAAGGAAAGACAGUUGAAGCCAAGAAGCCUCAUAUGGAUCAAUCGGCACUUGAGAUUUUGACAGGAUGCUAUGGGUUCCUAUAA